AUGGGAAAAACAAUUAAAACUGUUGCUAAGGAACUGGAUAUUUGUCAUAUGACAUUGUCCAGAUUUGUAAAGAAGUUGAAGUCGGGAGAACAUCCGAAAGUUGGCUAUAAAAAAGUGAGAUUGGUUUUUAGUCCAGAACAGGAAAAAGAGAUGGUAGAGUAUUUACUUAAAUGUUCUUCAAUAUUUUUUGGUCUAUUACCAGAUGAAGUUAAAAAAUUGGCAUACGAAUGUGCAACGAGAUUUAAUGUGCCUGAUAUACCAUCGUCUUGGCAUAAAAACAAAUCAGCUGGCCGAGAUUGGUUAACAGGCUUCUUGAAAAGAAAUCUUGAGCUUUCGAUUAGGACACCAGAAUCGACAAGUGCAAGCAGAGCAACAUCUUUUAAUAGAUAUAAUGUCAACGAAUUCUUCACAAAGCUGUGCAAAGUAUUGGACACUUACAAGUUUUUACCCUCAAGAAUCUACAAUUUAGAUGAAACCGGAGUUACCACAGUGUUAAAACCCAGGAAAAUAUUAGCAAAAAAAGGCGCUAAGCAAGUUGGAGCACUCGUAUCUUCAGAACUAGGCACUUUAGUUACUGUGGAGCUGGCAGCAAACGCAUUGGAAAAUACAGUUCCUCCUAUGUUUAUUUUCCCAAGACUGAAAUAUAAAGAUAUAUUUAUAAAAGGUGGGCCACCGGAAUCCAUCGGUGCAGGAAACAGCUCUGGCUGGAUGACAGCUAAAGAGUUUCUCAUAUAUAUAGAUCACUUUAUAAAACAUACCAGACCUACUCCUACAGAUCCGGUUUUGUUAUUACUCGACAACCACCAAUCUCAUGUCGAUAUCAAUGUGGUAGAGAAAGCUAAAGCAAACUCAAUUGUUAUGCUGUCGUUUCCUCCACAUUGCACCCACCGUCUCCAACCAUUGGAUGUUGGAGUAAAUGCGCCAUUCAAAAAUUACUGUGCGAAAGCCCAGGACAAUUGGCUACGUAGCAACCCUGGCAAGACUAUGUCUAUAUAUGAGAUACCAGAAAUUGUCAAAUAUGCGCUGCCAUUAGCUGCAACUCCCAUCAACAUAAUGGGCUCUUUUAGGAAGACUGGUAUCUGGCCCUUAAAUCCCGACAUAUUUUCUGAUGAGGACUUCGCUCCGUCUUUUGUCACGGAUCGCCCUUUGCCUGCAUCAGAUGAAUCUAAAGCACCUGUUCUGAUCCCGGACAACAGUGAUGGCAAUGACAAAAAUGCUUCUCUUACUGAUCAUAGAGAAAUUUGGGAUGAGCCAGGACCAUCUUGGGCUGGAUUACCACCGAAGUCCUGUACAGAAAUACCUGUUGGUUUCUCCCCGGAAAUAGUCAGGCCCUUUCCAAAGGCACCACCGCGGAUUGGAAAUAAACGACGCAUAAGGAAAACUGCAAUUUUGACAGAUACUCCAGAAAAGCAAGCCCUGGCGGAAGAACGAUCCAAGAAAAGGAAGAAAGAUGUAGAGAAACUGUGUAAAGAUAAAGGUAAAACUAAAGGAAAAUGGAAGGGCAAAGGUAAGGGAAAGGGGAAGUUCGCUAAACGACAGGUUCUACAAAAUAAGGACGAAAGUUCUGAUGAAGAGGAUAGUUUGGAAUACUAUUGUAUCAUCUGUUGCGACAGCUACUCUAACUCUCGUCCUGGUGAAGAAUGGGUUCAGUGCCUAGAAU